CAUGGAAAUCAGACCCUGCCUCCCGGCCACACUUUCUGCUCAGAUGCAAAGUUGAAGCGCAUUCCCAGCCGGGACAACACAUGAUGAUGAUGUCUUGGAGGAGCUGAUCGUUUCAUUUACCCAUUUACUUGUGAGUUUCUCGUUUGCGGACCGCACACUUUUCCCCUCUCCAACAUGCUGGAUUUGGCGCAGCGCAUUGUUUUCUGCGCUCUGCUCGGCUCCGUUUACGCGUCGUGUCCUCCGCGCUGCGAGUGUUCAGAGGCGGCUCACACCGUGAAGUGCGUCUCCAGAGACCUGCGGAGUAUCCCGGCUGGGAUCCCGGGAUACACCAGGAAUCUGUUCAUAACUGGGAACCAGAUCGGUCGGAUCGGUCCGGAGGCUUUUAAAGGGCUGGAUAAUGUGACCAACCUGUCUCUGAGCAAUAACAGAAUAUCCGUGGUGGAAUCCCAUACCUUCGCCGGACUCCGCAGCCUUCGCUCCCUGGACCUGAGCAACAACCAGCUGGCAGUCAUCCACCCCGAAGCCUUCACCGUACAGAACCAGUCUCUGCGGGAGCUCAACCUGAGCCGAGCCCUCUACAACCACUCGUCAGUGAUGGACCUGGCCACCUCUCUCCGCUGGAGCUCCCUUGCCAACCUGAAGGGACUGGACCUCUCUCACAACGGCCUCAUCUACUUACCCUCACGUAUCUUCUCCCACCUGAGCAGCCUGCAGCGCCUCCAGCUUUCCAACAACUCCCUGGUGGCCAUCCACAACGCCACCUUCUCGGGUUUAGAGAGCCUGGAGGAACUGGACCUGACCCUCAACGCCAUCAAGACGGUGCCGGAGGAGGGCCUGCGAGAGCUGGACUCCCUGCCCAGAGCUAACCUUCUACUGGGGGAGAACCCGUUUACAUGCACGUGUGGAAUCGAACCUUUUGCCAUGUGGCUCAACAGAUCACAGGAUCGCAUCAGUGAUGCUGGGGGGCUUGUGUGCGCCUUCCCAGCCAGCAUGAGGAACACAUCCAUGCUUGCCGUGGGCACGUUGACUCUGGGGUGCCACCAGAGGGGAGCGGGGGCUGACCUUGCUUUGCAGACCUCUUACGUCUUCUUGGGUAUAGUCCUUGGCUUCGUGGGGCUCAUCUUCCUUUUUGUACUUUAUCUCAACCGCAAGGGCAUCAAGAAGCGCAUCUAUGACAUGCGGGACGCAUGCAGGGAGGUGUGGGAGGGUUACCACUACCGCUUCGAGAUCGACUCGGACCCCAGGUUAUCACAGGUCUCCUCGAGUGCUGACGUGUGAGAGGACAAUCACCUCUGGUGUGUUUUCUUAUAAAAGACUCUUUUCUAAUGCAUUUAUCAGUAGCAAAAUGUAAAAAGUGUACAGAUUUGUCUGUAAAUAUAUACAUACAAUAGUGUUAAUACUCUUUCAGCCUUGUCGUUUAAAGCAUGCACUGCCCAUCUUUUCUCAUCACUACUUUAAUACACAGUUCUCAGAGUGAAAUGUGAAUGCUGUAAAGGGAAUUCACUGAUUGACAUUUCUUAUAUAAUGCCUGCUCCUAAUGUCCACACAAAAGCAACAAAGUGCCUAAAGUCAGCUAGGUUUUAUUUCCUAAUAGACCCUAACCGAUACAGGAUUUUAAAGGCCGAUUUUAGAGUAGAAAAUCCACUGAUUACCAAUAUGGCUACCAAUAUAGAAUAUUUCUGAGCUGGAAUGAAAACUUUUCUAUGUCGAAUUUGCAGGAACUGCAAGAUACUCUGAAUGAUGCUUUAAACAAAUAUCUUCAUUAAAAUUAUCACACAUUAUAUCAACCAAUUCUAAAAAUUCAGAAAAUAAACACUAAAAUAAAAAGCAAACAGCAUCUCUAAAUGACCCCCCAGCACCAUCUUCUGCAUUAUAUGUUGUGUAAAAAAUGUUUUCAUAUCAUAUACACUAACACUGACAGAUAGUGGCAUGGAUAGGCCAAUAUCCACCAAUAAUAUCUCUCUAUCUCCUUAUCACUGGUGUGAGAAGUCAUUACCCCGUGUCAGCUCUUGUCUUUAGCUUGUAAAAAAGGCAACAAAAUGCUGCAAUAAAAUCCUGACACUACAAAAACAAACCUCUGGGGAUUUAAAGCACAAUCACUCAUUCUUCUUUGAACCGUUUCAAGCCCUUUGGUCCCUGCGUCCUACUGCCCCAGGGUGCCACUGAGGAAUUAAGCCUCCAAAGCUUUUCCAAAGCUUCCUAAAGUCACCACUCUGCUCCUCUUCGGCUGUUGGAUUUGAAGGGGGGACAAUUCAGUGCAGACCAGCGGAAAUCUCCAAGCCCCCUCAUUUUUUUCUCUCUUGCUUUUUUUUUCAUGAACCGUUACUUUGUUUCAACUCCUUGAGUUUUAUUGUCAAAAUGAUGAGAACCAGUCGUGGGCUGAGGCCGCUGAAAGCAAUCUCCCCUCCCGCCUUAAAGACAACAGCCGCUCUGGAGGCUCUUUGAAAGAAAAGUCUGGCUCUCCACGUUUUUCUGUUUAGGAUAUUUUUUUCUUUUUCAAUGAUAAGAUACAGAUGAUUCUGAAACACCAGCGACAUUGUUUCAUUCAGCAGCUUGCUCUGACCAGUUAAGGAGCAAGCCUUAGAAAAGAAACGACGACGAAACAUUCUCCAACAUUUUUCUCCACAUUUUAUGCUUCCAUAUUUGGUGUUAUGCUGAGAUGUCUGUCUUUUAAGUGUAAAUUGUUGCCUAUAGGAGCAACGUAUCCUUAUGAACCAGUUUGCAUUUUCUUAUGAAAACGUUUGCAUUGAGGUUUGUAUGAUAUCCUAUGAAAUAAUGGUUUUAAACAUGGUAAUGUUUUCAUAGACAGCUACAGGUUGGGCAACAAAAAGGUGGAACGAAUUUCAAAUGGGAAAUUAACACUUGUCUCUUGGGUCAAAGCUAUGGCUGGGCGAUAUGGACCAAAAGUCAUAUCCCGAUAUAUUUAGACUGAAUAUCGAUAUACAAUAUAUAUAUCCCGAUUAUGUCAAAUGUUCAGUCAAAGCCAAGAUAUGACAUGUCACAAGUAGUUUUAAUGAAACCGUUUAUUUAAGUGAAAAUAAAUACUGUAUAACAACAGGAGAACCUUUUCAAAAAAAUCAAAGCUCCAUAAAGUGCACAUUUAGAUUAAAAAAACAUCUUGAAUAAAAGCUGCAGCUUUGAAAUAUCCAUUUAUGUGAUAUUGUCUAAUUCCAUAUCACAUUUGAAAAUAUAUCAAUAUAUCGCCCAGCCCUAGUCAAAGCCCUGUUUGUGCCAUCCAUGUCCCUUCCCAAACACAAUUUCGUGGGUUAGCUACCAAAUUCAGUGCAUUUAUUUCAUGGGAUAGCUAUUAAAUACAGUGCAUUUAUUUUGUGGUAUAACUACAAAAUUCAGUGCAUUACUUUUCUUAGGAAUACCUACACACCAUUCAUUCAACAGCCUGUAUUUAUCUCUCAAGCCUUACAUUUUACAUGCAUGUUUCAAAUGACAAAUUAUUACCUGCAUGAAUCCUAAACAAAACCUAAUGAAAUGUUCUUCUCCCAAAUGUCACAUGUGUCUUCCUUGUUUUUCUAAAUGGCUCCAUGACUAAAGCACUCUCAGUGGCCUUAUGAUGCUACAAAGUGAGACAAACACAGUCGGAGACAGGGGCUGGAAAGCUGCCAUUCUUCAAAGUGUUUAUUGGCCAAAUUGCUAGCUAUCUACAGUAGGUAUUUGGAACGGGGGAGAAAAGAGGCCUGGACUUAACUGAAACAGCCUCCCAUUGUUCAAAGCCAAAGUAGCAUCUUCAUCUUAUCAAGAUGUUCUCCAAACUCCUCUGAUAGCAAUCCAGAAAUGUUUAUACCAUGGGGACAUUUUACUGCAUGUGUAAUGACCAAAUAAAGCUUCAGAAAGUCGUGAUGUCUGUAUACUCAUUUAGCACAACUGUAAUCAGCAUAAUUGAAUGUAUUGAUAAUAUUUGGUCUAGAUAUCAUUUCUGAGCAGAACCACAUUAAGACGGGCAUUUACUUGCAGAGGAGAAAACAAUUGAGGCUCGUACGCUGACACAAAGGGCCGGUCGGUUGGCGAGACGCCUCAAAAAAGCUUUGUUUUCCAGCGCAGAAAAGAUGCCUUGUGAUACUCAUCCUCUCUCUGUUUUCACAGACGCCCAUUAUGCCGCCACAUAAUAGGAUUCACUCAUGAUGACAAAGUUGAGCGCUCUGAUCCAGCUAUUGUUAAAGUGUCAUCAUUCUUAAUAAUUUCCUGUGGGAGAAAAUCCCAGGAGAAGUUUUCCUUUCCUAUUACACCACAUGUCACAAGCGGGUCAUUAGGCCGGCCACGGGUUAUUGGUGUCAACUGGCGGAGCAGAGAGAAGAAAGAUUAUCCCCUGCAUGUCAUUAUUUCCGUUUUCACUCAUUAAAGUGUGGAUUAGGACCCGUGCCUUUUCUGUCUUUUAUGAGUCUGGCUGUUUGAAAAAUAUAUGGUCUGUUUGCUAUAGGCUGUGCAAGAUUGUCUCAGCAGGAAUGCAAUGAAAAGAGAGGAACCCUACUAACACUCCCAGACGUUCCCCAUUACUCCCAGUGCAAAAGAGUAGCUUGUUAAAAACAGAGAAAUUGCUCCAAUUACAGUGUUCUCUCAGACUGUAUGUUGUGCACAUAUCUGAUUAAAAGAUCACAUCUU